ACGACAACAAGGAUGCUUAACCAGGUGCCACCUUCCUGGGGGCACAGCAUCUAUAAUUGUUGCCUCAUGGGUAGUGGUGAUGGUGAUGGAAACCACUUCACUCUGGUUUCUGCUGACAGUCAGUUCGUUCCCCUUCCUAACCUUUGACGUUCAAAAUAGCAGCAUAGAUCUGCAAGUAAACAAGUUGAUUGCACGAGCGUCUUGUGAAGACUGCGGCCGAGUUUGGUUAACCUCGUCGUGGUUGAGUCCAGGACCAUCAGAUGAUAUAUGGAAGCUUCACGUGCUACGGACCCGGUCAAGCGACGAAGGAAACAAAUCAAAAACUGCGAAAUAGAAAUUUCCAAUGUGAGCAGGUGUCUUCAAGUAAAUGCCCGGACAUCUGUUCGCGCGACGCGAACCCACAGCAAUAUCGGCGUGGACUCCGCAAUAGUAUGUUGUCGCAGGCCGUAUCCGAUGAGUGAAGACAUAAUAGGAUGAGGUAAACAU